AUACACUGAUUAUUUUCCACGGAUUGAAGUCAGGGAAGGUCACAUGACUGACCCAUGCUUUGUGGGUUGCUGAAUACCAACACAAAGAUUGGAUCUUUUCUUCUAUCCCAACCAAACAGCUUCCUCAACCAGCCCGGAAGGCGGAAACUACUGGGCUGAAAAAACAUCGCUAGCUUCCACAUGACCGGAAAAAUGGAACACGCCUACAAAGUACAAUCAAAAUUACAGUGCGAAGACAGCACCCGGUAGUUUGUUCCGAAGGGUAAAAGACCUUACUCUUGCUAGCGGAACAAAAUCCAAUACCCAACCGAGGAAACGACAGAGACUAAAUGGAAAACAGUGCACAGAGGAGAUUGGAACGUGUUUCUGGGCACCUGUUGUCUCCGAUUGAAGUCAAUAAUGGUCUGUCCCAGGUUUUAAUAAAAGGCGGGCAUAGAAAACAUGAGGAGGAAGGAGACCCAGUAGUUAUAGGAGGCAUGGUAUUGGAUAUACAUGCCACCCCUUCACUACCUCUAAAUCCUAGAACCACCACUCCUGGGAAGGUCCAUUAUGUGCUAGGGGGUGUAGCAAGGAAUAUUGCUGAGUGUAUGUCAAAGCUAGGAACUAAGCCUUAUAUGAUUAGUGCCCUGGGAAAUGACAUGGCAGGCAAGCUGCUGUUGGAGCUUUGGAAUUCUGCGAGCCUAUCUACAGAAGGCAUUAUGAAGCACCAAGAUAUCAAGACUCCUGUCAUAUGCAACAUAUUUGACACUGAAGGAGAGUUGGCAGCUGCUGUUGCUAGUGUGGAAGCAGUUGAAAAAUUCCUAACUUCUUCAUGGAUUCAGCAAUCAAAGCAAAAUAUAUUUUCUGCUCCUGUCAUGAUGGUUGAUGCAAAUCUAAGUCUCCCAGCUUUAGAAGCUUCUUGCCAAUUGGCAGCAGAAUCCAACACCCCAGUUUGGUUUGAGCCUGUUUCAGUGGCUAAAUCUAGAAGAAUUGUCUCAGUUGCUAAGUAUGUAACUUUUGCUUCACCUAAUGAAGAUGAGCUUAUCGCCAUGGCGAAUGCUUUAUCUCAUGAAAAUAUGUUUCGUCAAAUUGAAAUGGAUUCCAACAGUAGGUGUUCAGUCGAGUCUUUGUUCCAAUUUUUGAAACCGGCAAUCCUGGUUUUGCUAGAGAAGGGUAUCAAGAUAGUUGCCGUGACCCUUGGUGCAGAUGGCGUGUUCUUAUGUUCUAGAGGACCAAACGUAGUGAGGUUUAGUUUGGAUAGAACCAAAAAAUAUGGAUUCAGUGGACAGUUAUAUGAUAAAGUGGUGUCCAGCUGUCCUUCAAGUAGAUUUUCUGGUGCUCUGCAGAUUGAGAGAAGCUCUCAUCUUUUUUCUGUACAUUUUCCUGCACUUCCUGCAUCAGUUGCGAGGCUUACGGGGGCUGGUGACUGCUUGGUUGGUGGUACACUUGCUUCUCUCUGUUCAGGUUUAGAUAUUAUGCAGAGCAUUGCAGUUGGUAUAGCAGCAGCCAAAUCUGCUGUGGAGGGAGAGGCGAAUGUGCCUUCAGAAUUUAGUUUGGCCACUAUUACAGACGACGCAAGGUCCAUAUAUUCUGCUGCCAAAAUUCCGUUUCAUCAAUCAAUGCUUUAAUCCAUGUGAUAGUUAUUGUUGUAUGUUGAAAAACCACAAGUCGAAGCAGUGAACCACUCAGAUUUUUGUAAAUCAAACUGGAAUUGAAGCUUCAGCAUGCCCUACACAGUAAGGGCACCUUUCUAAAAAUGAUGUCAAUCUCUCUUCUGCCAACUGUAUUCAUGUUUUGAGUUGUUGUCAGUUCUUGCUUGAUUUGUAUGAAGGGAACCACAUUGUUUGUCCAACCUUGCAUGGACAUCAACUCUUUGUAAUGCCAAAGGGAAACGUUUCUGUUUUCUUUUCAUGCUGGUUAUGAAGUUGGAAAUCUAAUGAAAAAACCACCCUUUUCUGCUCGGA